AUUAUGUAAUAUUUUCGAUUUUCGUUACAUUUUCAAUGUGUGUGACUAUUUUUGAUUUUUCUGCUCAUUUACCGAUAUAAAACUUUAUGGAAAGAUUCUAGACUGUAAAUUCGAAAGAUUUUAUCAGUAUUUCCUUGAAUAUUUUUUCUUACGAACCUGAAACUUUUUGAAUAUAAAAUGUUUGUCAAUCGUGUUUUAAGUGCCAGAUUGGCUUGGAGAUUUUAUUUUUUCAACAACUCAAGAAGUAUUUUUGCUUCGGUUAAUGCUAAGCAAGCAAAAUUAGAGCCUGAUACUUAUCAUCGUGAGUAUAUGAAAGUAAAACCUCCUCCAUUGAUGCAGCCUGUUGAUGUACAACCUUUAUAUUUGGAUGUUCAAGCCACAAGUCCCAUGGAUCCUAGAGUUUUGGAUGCCAUGUUACCUUACUUUAUCACAGCUUAUGGAAAUCCUCACUCAAGAACACACUCUUAUGGAUGGGAAAGUGAAGCUGCCGUUGAAAAAGCUAGAAAACAAAUUGCAAAUUUAAUUGGCGCUGAUCCAAAAGAUGUCGUAUUUACCAGUGGUGCUACAGAAUCAAAUAACAUGGCCAUCAAAGGUGUUGCUCAUUUCUAUGCAGAGAAGAAGAAGCAUAUUAUAACUACACAAAUUGAACACAAGUGUGUCUUAGAUUCGUGUCGAGUGUUAGAAACUGAAGGAUUUGAUGUUACAUACCUGCCAGUUCAGCAGAAUGGGAUAUUAAAAAUGGAGGAUUUAGAAGCUGCUAUCCGACCUGAUACUGCAUUAGUUUCUAUAAUGACGGUAAAUAAUGAAAUAGGUGUGAAACAGCCAGUAAAGGAUAUUGGUGCUUUUUGUAGAAAAAAUAAAAUAUUUUUCCAUACUGAUGCUGCUCAAGCCGUUGGAAAAAUUCCUAUGGAUGUAAAUGAGAUGAAUAUAGAUUUAAUGUCUAUUAGUGGUCAUAAACUUUAUGGACCAAAAGGUGUUGGUGCAUUAUAUGUUCGUAGGAGGCCAAGAGUUCGUAUUGAGCCUCUUCAAAGUGGUGGAGGACAAGAAAGAGGAAUGCGUAGUGGGACGGUGCCAACUCCCCUUGCUGUUGGCUUAGGUGCUGCUUGUGAAGUUUGUUCAAUUGAAAUGGAUUAUGAUAGCAAGAGAAUAGGAGAACUUUCUAAAAGGUUAGUUAAUGGAAUUAUGAAUGAAGUGCCUCAUGUUGUACAAAAUGGUGAUCCUGAAAUGAGCUAUCCUGGUUGUGUGAAUCUGUCCUUUGCAUACAUUGAAGGAGAAAGCCUUCUAAUGGCGCUUAAAGACAUAGCUUUGUCAUCAGGAAGUGCUUGUACAUCAGCAUCGUUAGAGCCAUCCUACGUCUUACGAGCAAUAGGCAGUGAUGAAGAUUUGGCACAUUCUUCAAUUAGAUUUGGCAUAGGGAGGUUCACAACCGAAGAAGAAGUUGAAUACACAGUUCAGAAAUGCAUAGAACAUACAAAAAUACUUAGAGAAAUGAGUCCUUUAUGGGAAAUGGUGCAAGAAGGAGUUGAUUUAAAAUCUAUUCAGUGGUCACAGCACUAGAAAUUACUAUGGAUUGCACAGAAUUUUCUGAAAUCUUCAUUAAUAAAUGACUGUGAUAAGUUAUUUUUUGCUUUGUAAAAUUUUUUUUUUUUACUUCCUACUAGAUUGUAAAUACCUAAAAGGAUUAAAUUUCAAAAAACUUCUCAAGUUUUUAUCAUUAUGAGGCAUCAGUUGUUCAUAAGAAUUUUUAAAAAUGUUAUAGCAAAAUGUUCAUUGUUGCAGCACUUUUUUUCAUUGUCUUCAAUAUGCCUUUGCUCGUAUUAUUAGUUAUUAAAAGCUUUGUAAAAUAGAUAAAAGAUAUUUUGUGACUUCACUAUGUAUCAGAUAUCUGUCGGGAAAUAAAG